UUGGUAGUCUUUAAUGUAUAAUACGGAAAAUAUUGUUCGCCAAAGUGUUGACUUUGCACGCGCCAACGGCUGGUUUUGUUUACUUCCGGAGCAGGUGCGCAAAUUUAGUGCCAAGUAUAAAAGCGUUUUCACCUGUAUAUCAACAUAUAAUUUCGAAAGUACAACUUUCAGUGAAAAUCAAAAUGCAGAUUAUUUCGAGAAUGCUAAUAUGAGCGAGCGUUUUUGGGGAAAACAUUUAAAAAAUCAAAAGUAGGUUAAGGGGUCAUUUGGAGACAGCCGUCUGUCUGGGAAUGGCGUCAGAUGUCGCAUUUUCAUUCAUCCUUUGUCUGUUGGAAGCCAAUGAGUAGCAACUGCCAUGGCUAGUCUGGAUGGGGCACUGCAUGAGUCGGUAGAUCAUUGUCUCAAGUUUGCAGAAAUUCUUUACAAAUGCACACUGUGCACCAGCCUCCCAUCUAUACUCACGUCAAAAGAGAGCUUUGUCUGCCAUGUCAAGCAGCUUCACUUUGUUGGCUCUGUAGCAGGCCCAACUUGCCCGUCUUGUAACUUGACUUUCAAUACCCGGCAAGACUUGGAUGUGCAUGUCAGUACCAGCCAUCCCAAUAGUGACCUUGUCCUUAGGACACAUGACCUUGACUCUGAUCCCAGAAAAAGUGAUCCUGACCCAAGGUCUGAUGUUGACCUUGAACAGGGUCAUUUUAGCAUAAGAAGUGCCAAAACAGAAAAAAGUGGUGGAAGGAGAAAAAAAAGAGAAGGGAUUCAGAAAAGAUUGUCUGGUUUUCAGGAGAUAACAGAUUCUGAGGAUGAAAGUGGAGAUGAUCAGCUUCUUAUACCUUCACCAAGGGACACAGAAAACAAUGCUUUACUGUGUAAGAUCAGUAAGAAAAGUGAGGGAUGGAAAAUAAGUGUGAAAUCCUCACCGUCAAAUCACAAGGGAGGAGGAAAUGACAGCAAAGAUGCAGACGUGCCAACUUCAGAAUUUGGAAAAUACACACAAGUUAUAAGAAGUGGAAUAGAAAAUACGUAUAUUUGUUGUCUUUGUGACUGGAAAACAACCCAAAAUAUAGCAUUUCAAGCACAUUGUAGUGGUGUGGAACACAACACACGUCUUGAAAGAAAAAACAGAGAAAAGGGAUAUGUGUCUGAUGAAGGUGAUGAUGAAGUGAGUCUUUUACACAAUCGUGAUAAGACCAGUUCUCAAAAUAAUUAUGAUAUUUAUUCUUUAAUCAGUGAAAAGCUCAAGCCUGGCCAUGAAGGAAAUCCAGAGGAAUCACCUUCCCAUAAAAGAGCAGAAAGAGCAGGCACCAGCAGUGAUAAUGAGGAGUGUUCAUUAAAAAUACCGGAAAAGGUGCUGAAAAAAGAAUCGAAUACCUCCUUGGAAGGAGGCAAUAGUGGGCUUGAUCACCUAGAUGCUAACUUGGAUGAUGAAGAUUAUCCCAUGAGGAAGUGCAAUAGAUGUGACUUUACCUUCAAAACAUUUUCCCAGUUUGCAAAGCAUUGCAUAGAGAAGCACAAUUUCCUGGACAAUUCGGGGGCACCGUUGCCCCAGGUGCUCUCUCCCCACCUGGCGUACAGUCCUUCUGGUUUGCAAGUCAAGCACUCCAGUGGUGCUACAGAUGUGUUAGGCAGGGGAAUUAAUGAUGUUCCAAAUCACUGUAUCCGCUGCAAUGCAGCCUAUUCCACAUCAGAGGAAUUCAUCAAACACUGUAUUGACAGUCAUGGCUAUGGAGUGCCAGACCCACAGAGCUAUACUAUGCUAGAGGGAGCCAAGGUGGCUAAAAUAAGGAAGCUUUUGCCAGAGCUUGUUGUACGGGAACCCUAUGGUAGUCUACUGCGUGAUCACCUUCUGCAGCUGAUAAGCAUGAGACUCCAAGAUGCUACCACCAUAGACUGGGGGCCAGCUUGUAACAGGGCAGUCAGGGAGGCCUAUCCAUACACACUGGCCCAGAGGAAAGGAAUGUACAAGAAGACCUAUUUCUUUGGCAUCAAACUGAUAGAUGGCGUUGAAGGCACUGAGGGCUGCGAUAGUUCCCAGUCAUAUCUGCCAUUGCGAGACUUUCAGCAAGAUGUGGAGAAACUGAUUCAGAUGUUGCCAGAGUUUGUCCAGUGGACAGGCCUUCCAGACAGCUGUAUAUCGAGAGAUGUCCUCCUGGAGAAUGUCUCCUGGGUCAUUAACGACCAAGAUAUCAACAACUGGGGAAUGCAGUGUAACAGAGCCAUGAGGCAGCUCUUCCCAGAUGUGGCCACCAAGAGAAAAGGAAAGCUGAAGACCACUUAUUAUUAUGGUGCUUUGUUGAAAGUGAAAGCUGGAGAUCAGGUGGUGAACUUCUCUUCAUCACCAAGGGGAAGGGGACGGCCCAAGAAUGAUGCUCUACGGACCGUGGAGUGGCAUCCAACUGAGGAAAAUCAGUUGGUUUCCUCUCCUGACAAUUUGUCUUUAAAAAUACCCACACCGUCAGCAUCUUCCGCAAACUGUGACUCCUCAUAUGAGGGUAAAGAAAAGUCCUGUUUGGCGGAUGACAGUGACACUUGAGUAAGUGUGCAUUACAAAGACAUAGUGGUUCAAAGGUUGAAUUUUGAGAGGAGUAACAAUGAAAAGUUGACCAUGGAAACAGCUGAGGGCAAGUCUUGAUGUUGAGAAUAUGACUACAGUGCCCAUUAUCAAGGGCGAACAGAAAGAAUUGGGUACCACAGAGGAGAGAGACGACAAGAUGGCAGUGCUUCAAAAAUAAACAUCUUCGAAUAGACAGACUUAAAUUAACAAAAUAAGGUGUUUAAAGGAAAGCUUUCAACUUAAUUGUAUACAAUACUUUCUCCAUCCAGGUAUUUUCUAUAAUGUCUAUAUGUAGCAUAUGAAACAAUUGUAUGUGGGGAAAUUUGUUAACUGUGAUUCAUAGUUGUUUGACCAAUUCUGAAAUGUAAGUAAUUUAAGAUAAGGUUGGAUCACCCAUUUUUGUGUAAAUUUGAAAAAGUGAAUAAUAGCAUUGUUCCAAUUAAUGUUUUAUUAGCAGUGUUCACAUGGUGACUAAGCAUUGAAGUAUAUAUGAUAUAUUUGCAUGGACUAAAUGAGGCAGGAAGGAAAUUGAUGUCAUCAUCAAGGCCCUUAUCUGGAAACAUUUGUUAGUCUGUAAGGGAUUUUGUUAGCUUCACUGUCAGCUUAUAUCAACCAGGCUCUGUAGUGGAUGGCUAGAUGUGCAGCUCAUGCACUGUAGCAGAAUAUUGAAGAAAUCAAAUAUUUUUAACUGGUAAUGUCCGUUUGGAUGCUGUAAAAUAUUAUUUGUGCAGAUAUGUAAGGGUAUGUGCCCAAAAUAUCCUUUCUGUGAUAAUUAAAUGAGUUGUCAUUCUGUGCCCUGAUAUAUUGGACCAGUGGAAUUCAAACUUGCCGUUUGUCAAAAGGUUGCAUGCUGUUUCAGGAUUUGUGAGCUAUUUAUGCCAGCCAUUGGACGAGUUGCUGCUUGUGUUCGACACUAUGCCUUUACAAAUGAUCUUAGUUUGUGCUUACAUGAGCACAUCCUGUAAUUUUUUAUCAGGAGAGCAGUUAAGUGGCAAAAAAGUAAGUUUUUUUUUUAGGUAUCGAGUGUUGAAGACUCCUUGCCACUUGUUCAACACUAUUUUAUUGCUAUUUUGCAACUUUCCUAUUAGGGAAAUCUUGGUGCUACUGCUCUUAAAAUUUACAUAUUUAUUUCAGUUGUAGUAACUGUGUUCUAAUUACUGAAUAUUUUUGUACAAUUUUUAUGAUUAUUCAUGAACUUUAAACUAAUGAUGUGUUGUGCAACUUAGCUUAUCAGUAAAAAACUAUUAAUUUAGGUUAAUUAAAGUAGUACAAAGGCUUUUUGUGACUUAAAGGUGCUUCACAUGGAGUGCUAGUGGAGACCACAGAAUGAUGCUAUACUAGGUGGCUUAUUAUAUUGGCACAUUAUCCAUUAUUGCAAAUAAUGAUCAUAUUUUCAAUAGUUUUUUCCCUGGUGCCCAUAUAAGCCAUAUUUUUUCAUUCCAAACACUGUACUUCAAUGAUUCUCUUUCAUUAAACUUCUUAAAAAUUUGAUAGAAUCAUUUAAAAAGUCAUUGAUCACUUUUCCCAUGGACUAUUCCCAUGCCUGUUUGUAUGUUUUUGUAUUUUAGUGUUUUAAACUUUUGCACUUAUUAUAUUUUAUGGCUUUUGAACCAUAUGUACCAGAAAUCUAGCAAUCACAAAUCUUGUCUUUUAUUGACACAAAUAUUUUGCAUAGAUUCCUUUGAAGUUUUUACAAGAAUGGGAGCAUGAUAACCAUUGGCCCAGUUUAUCAAAUUUCAUCUUCUUGUGGGAUGUUUAUAUUUGAAAUUACAGGAAUGAUGAUUUGUCAUUGAAUCUAAUGGUUUGUUGUGUGCCUGUGUAGAGACAGAAACAAAGAAAUAUAAACACGAUCUUGCCAAGAAAUUAAUUGUUUCAAGAGUGGAAUUAUUUGAGUAAAUGUUAUGAUAAUCAGAAUUUUUAAACUGCCAAAUGAGGGUCUGUGUAAUGUUUUUUUCAAGCAUCUGUCGCCUUCAGAUUCGUCAAGUAAAAACAUAUAGAAAAACA